AUGAGUCGCGAAGGAAGACCAUUUACCUCGCUUCAAAGUGUAAUUUUGACUACGGGUCCAUUUGUAUUCCUCUGGAGCACGUUAACCGGCUAUGUCUCGCGCCACGGGGCGUUCAGAAUUGCCCGGCCAUUGACUCGUUUGAACAGCCAGAUAUACUCCCUGUACUCUCUCGCGGUCGCCUACUUGAUCCUCAACGAUGUCUUGCAUUUCCAAGAGUAUGGAGGUGUGAAGAGCUCGGAUCUGGCCUACAUCUAUCACCUCUCCAAGUUCUACGAGUACAUCGAUGUCUUCAACCUGGUUGCCAGCGGCAUUACCGUCGGACCGCACAUGGCAUUUCACCAUCUCACCACUCCAUUUCUGACUUAUUUCCGAGUUCUGAAUGCCUCCGAUUGGCAGUUGUUCGCUUUUCUCAACUGCUUCCACCAUUUCUGGAUGUACGCUUACUUUGGCGGAGUGUCGUUCUUUAGACCGAUUUUGCCCGUGACCGGCUGGUUACAGUUGAUAGCUGGGAUCGGAUUCGAUGUGUACUGGCUGGCGAUCAACGGACGUGAUGCCCCGGAAUCGAGAAACCGUGCCAUCAGUGUGUUGCUGUUGACGAGAUACGCAAUGCUGUUCUACGACGAGUUGAAGACCGGGAGUCAGCAGAAAUCGACCAAGCCCGAGAAAAAGGGGUGA